GUAGCCAUUACACAAAUUAACGUUGCUUUGCGUUCCUGCAAAAUGAAUGGUGAAGAGGAAACGUGGGAAAAACUAGAUGCAGAGUUUGAUCACUGCGUUGUGGAUAUGAAGCCUCAUGUUCUAAAGCUACAGCAUAGGUCAGAACGACAAAGAUGUGCACUGUGGAUUAAAAAACUAUGCGAACCCUCAGGAGCAGGUACAGGAGUAGCAGGAAGGAAGAAUCGGAACUUAUAUGCAAAACUUCUGCUCCACAUGCUGAAACGGGGUUUGCUAGAAGGUCCUUUUACACACAAACCAGAACCAGGAAUACUGAAAACUUUACCUUCAUACAUGUCAAUUUAUUUUGAUGAACCAACUUCACCAAGAGUUCGGAGUAGUAGCCCAGAGUGCUUACCUGACUGGGUAAUGGGAGAACUAGGAAACAGUGAAUCCAGACGUGAGGAAUUGUCGAAAAUAUCUUCUAAAGAAGAAUUAUCUCUAGCAACAUCACUUACAUAUGGGGAGAGAUUCACGUUCAAUGGGAAGCCAACAUUAAGGUCACAGUCUACAAGCCCUCCUCACCGGACAGAUGAAGAUAACCUAGCUGCAUCACUGUCUGACCAUCAUAAAAAAAACACUGCUUUGGAUGAGAGUGACCUCGAAGCACGUCUCAAUAGUUGGAAUCUCGGGCUAGAAAAUCCAAGAUAUUUGCGGGAAAAACCAAUGCCAGUGUCUUUGACAACAUCCAAAAUUGGCCUAGGAAAAAGUAGCAGUUCUCGUGAUGAACAGGCACUAUUUCAAAUGCAUGAAAAAGAGCUGGAUGUGAAAAUGAAAAUAUUGGAAGGUAAAUUUCAUGAAGAAAAACUUAAAUUACAGCAGAAGCAUGAUACUGAUGUUCAAAAGAUUUUGGACAGAAAGAAUGAUGAAAUAGAGGUAUUGAAGUCCCUCUACAAAACCAAACAAAAUGAAGCUGAGGAGACAAUUAGGAAACUGGAGAAAAAAGUUCAGACCCUUGUUCGUGAGUCACAAGUCAUCAGAGAAGCAAAGGAAAAGCAGAUUGUGGAGUUAAAGAAGAUGUGUGAGCAAAGCGCUGAUUCUUUGAACAAUGAGUGGGAGAAAAGGCUUCACAAUGCUGUAGCUGAAAUGGAAAAGGAGAAGUUUAAUAUUCAGAAGAAGCACACAGAAGAUAUGCAGGAACUACUGGAGGACACCAAUGCUCGUCUUAGCAAAAUGGAGGAAGAUUACCUGGAGCAAAUAAAGUCAACAAACCAGACGGUCAAAAGUCUCGAGGCUCGUGUGCAGCAGUUGACUGUUGAGGCUGAAAACAGUAAUUUGCAGCGUCAAAGAUUAUCUCAAGAAAAGACUGAAGCAGAACAACGUUACCAGGUGGUAUGCUCUGAACUUCAGGAAGUGAAAGCAAGGCACAGCUCACUUCAGAAAGACAAGGACCGUAUUGUACAGGAAUAUGAGGAGAACAUUCAGCAACUACAAAGUAAAUAUGAUGUUGAUAUAAAUUUUAUAAAACAGGAGCAUGCUCUCUCAGCAGCUAAGGCAUCUGAUAUGAUUGAAGAGUUGCAGCAUGGUGUGUGUAUAUUAAAACAACAGUUACAAGAUUCAGAACAUCAAAGACAGCAACAGCUGAGGGAUCAAGACUAUAAACUUCAACAGGACAAACUUCACUUGGAGCGUGUAUAUGAAAAGCAGAUUCAUGGUAUCCGGAAUGAUCUUGAUAAAGAAAGGGGGGAUGCUCAAAAAAAAAUUCACAAGCUGCAAGAGACUUUGAAGGAGAAGGAGGAGCAGCUGACUCGGGUGACAGAGGUACAGAGGCUGCAGGCCCAGCAGGCAGAUGCUGCCCUGGAGGAGUUUAAGCGGCAGGUGGAGCUGAACUCAGAAAAAGUCUAUGCUGAAAUGAAACAGCAGAUGGAAAAGGUUGAAGCAGAUCUAAGCAGAUCAAAAUCGCUCCGGGAAAAGCAAUCCGAAGAAUUCUCCUGGCAAUUGGAAGAGCUCAAGCAAAGAUAUGAGCAACAGAUAGUGGAGCUGAAGCUGGAGCAUGAACAGGAGAAGACGCACCUAUUCCAGCAGCACAACGCAGAGAAGGACUGCCUGGUCCGAGACCAUGAACGGGAAAUCGAGAAACUGGAAAAAGAGCUUCGCGCUGCCAUGGCAGAGCAUGAGAGUAAAACUCAAGAAUGCAGGAAACGAGACGGACAGGUUAUGUGUGAGUUGGAGAGCCAAAUCCACAAGCUGAGGGAAGAGCUUAUUCAGGUAAAUGCUCAGCGCAAGCAACAGCUGAUGGAGACGAGCCUUCGGUGGGAAGAGGAAAAGCAGAGGGCAGCUCGAGAUCAUGAGAUGGUGGUGAAUAAGCUGAAAGUGGAGGGAGAAAAAAUGUUGCUUGACAUGAAAAAGGUGCAUGAUGCAGAAACGCAGAAGGCCUUGGACAAGGCGAACAGCCGGCUGAAGCAGGUUGAAAAGGAGUACAGUCAGAAGCUGGCUAAAUCCUCGCAGAUCAUAGCUGAACUUAAGGCAACCAUUUCCUCUCUGACAGAGGAGAACAGCCGGCUGCAGCUUGCCACAGAACAGCGGCUCCAGGAAGUUGUACAAAAGUUUGAAGAUAAGAAGCAGCAGCUGAUUACAGAUAAUAACAGAGCAAUCAAGGCCUUGCAGGACGAAGCGGAAAGUUGCCGCAGCCAGGCGCGCGCCGCGGAGAAGAAGCUGCAACACAAGGAGCUGCAGGCCCACAUGCAGGUGACGAGGUGCUUGGAUGGAACUGAAAAGGACUGAAGAAAGGCCAGCCUAAUGCCGAUUUUAACAUCAUCUGAAUUUUACAGUGUUAUUUUGUUUGCAAUUUGCUCAACACCAAGUGCCAUCUUUCAGAAGUACGUCGGGGAGGUGCAGCCGCAGUUCUCUCCCCCGCUGCCCUGCUCACCUGGCUCAAAGUUUAUAGACUUACCAGCCGUGAUGCUUCCUAAAUCCGGCAGCUUGCUUUCCAGUUGAGAUGCUGGUUACAUUUUCCUUCUUGAAAGAGGGGAAAUGGUGAUAGUAAAAGUAGCUUAUCUACAAAGAUUUGCGUGUUCACACAGACAGUGUGAAAAUACUGAGCUUAAUCCCGCGUGCUGCUGAGCUGUGUCAGCUCUUGCCGUCAUUAGUGAGCACUCAGCACCUCUCCUAUCAGAUACCAAAACCUUGACUUGCUGAACCACCCCAGGAUGGAAAGGAUUAUGUAGAAGGUAACACAUGCUGGAAUGUAAAACUGAAAUACAGAAAUAAAUUCCCAUGGUAGUGUCAAAGAUGCUUAUAGCUUUAUUUCAGACUUAAUUAUCUUGAUAGCCUAUUAAAAAUUCUUUGCCAUCGACAGAGCUGUAAAUGAGUACCAUGUGUCUUCAGAUUUGGCCCCACGGUGCUGGUCGGUUCCCGGGCUGGUUUCGAUUCCUGCUCUUACACGAGGAGGACCACUUGUUGCGCAGUUAUGACCUCUCUGUUGGAUGAAAGGAUGGCACUGACAAGAGCCGAAGGAAAUACUGCUCAGGGACAGGGAUGGCAUCUGCAGUGAGUCAUCUCCAAGGAGGGGAGAAGUCAGGGAUCCUCCAAAUCCCAACUGGAACAAUAGAGGAGCCCUUCGGAGGGGGAGGUUGAGAGAACAGCGUGAAUUUUCUAGCCACAGCAUUCCUGGUUGUUCCAUGGUGUUGACAGUGAAAGCUUUUAUUCCUCUCCAACUCGUGUAAUCCCAAGAAUGCUGUUCUUGCCAUAUGCAGCCCACUGCAUUUUUUUUUUUUUUAAGUUUUGCCUGACUUCCCUUCCUUUGCAGUUAUGAAUUAUAUAGGCUCGCGUUGCCUAACUGCAAACAGAGGAUUUUCCAGGUGGGAGAUCUUGGUUAAGCACAGAAAGAUAUCAAAAUACAAACCCCUGAAGUAAUAAGGCCUCUUGAACGCAGGUUGGAAGAAACUAACUGAGCAGAAAGCUCAGUGUGCAGCCAGCAGCUUGGCAUAACCGGCGGUCCCUGCGGGUUAGUGAAACACCAAGGCAAGAAUAUUUUGGAUGCUCAAAUGGUUUACUAGCUAAAGACAGAAAAACAAAGGGGACAGCUAUGCCACCAAUUUAUGUUUUAUUGAAACUGUCAGAACAGACGAGGUUCUCCAGCAGUAUUUUCUCCGUGGAGAACAACAUGGUGCACACUUGACAAAAUAACUGGCUCAGCUGAUCCUGCUUAGUUACUGCCCUCAGCCACACCGCGCUCAUGCAAUUUAUGGUGUUCAUUACUUUCCGUAAGAACUUGAGAACGUUUAUAUCAAAUUGCAUAAUAUUUCUUUAAAUCCAUAAGAACCGUAUUUCAACAUACGUUUCACAGUAAGAAUAGAAGCCCCCACUGCCUGAAACAAGAGAGGAUGUGGACUGAAAAGCAGCGGAUAUUCGUGUUUGCCUGUGUUGUGAAAUGACAAAUGAAGUGGCCUUGUUCUCCAUUGAAAAAAAAAAAAUAAUACAUCCCUUGAUUCUUCAUUAACAAAAAUUGUUGGAGGAGAUUUCAAGCUGUAAUCAUUCUUCUAGAGAUCAGAACCUUAAGGAAAGGGACUACAGCUUUUGGUGCGUUCUGUUCCUUGGUUGCAGAGAUGGCCCAGCUUUCCCCAGGUGGGCCCAUGGAG